AUGCAGCCUGAGAAACAGCAUGCGAGGAAGACCCUCAAGCAGAGGCUGGCCUUGAAGAACACCGUGGCCAAGGAGUUUCUCUCCGAGUUCCUGGGCACAUUCAUCAUGAUUGUCCUCGGAUGUGGCUCUGUUGCCCAAACCGUUCUUAGUCGCGGGGGUUUUGGUAACAUCACCACCAUCAAUAUAGGGUUUGCGACGGCGGUGGCCAUGGCUGUCUAUGUGGCGGGCGGAGUCUCCGGAGGUCACAUCAACCCAGCUGUGUCUUUUGCCAUGUGUCUCUACGGAAGGAUGCCAUGGUGCAAAUUUCCGUUUUAUGCAGGAGCGCAGUUUUUGGGAUCCUUUGCAGGGUCUGCAGCCCUCUUUGGUAUUUACUAUGAUGGAAUUAAGUCCUUUGCUGGUGGGAAAUUGCUCAUCGAGGGAGAAAACGCAACAGCACACAUCUUCGCUACGUACCCAGCCCCAUUUCUGUCUCCAGCGAAUGCUUUUGCAGACCAAGUCAUGUCCACCAUGUUCCUCCUCCUGAUUGUCUUCGCCAUUUUUGACUCCAGAAACCUGGGGGUCCCCCGGGGCCUGGAGCCCGUUGUCAUUGGCCUCCUGAUUCUCGUCCUUGCUUCUGCCUUGGGACUGAACGCCGGCUGCGCCAUGAACCCAGCUCGAGACCUGAGCCCCAGACUUUUCACCGCUCUGGCCGGAUGGGGAUUUGAGGUCUUCACAGUCGGACCUCACUUCUGGUGGAUUCCCGUGGCGGGGCCAAUGGUGGGUGCCACCAUUGGAGGUGCCAUCUACAUGGUUUUCAUCGAAAUUCACCACCGGGAACCUGACCUAGACCUGAAGGCUAGCCCCAACACUCAGGAGGCAGAGGUGAAAGGAUCGCCACGAGCCCAGGGCCUGCCUGAGACUGCAUAG